UUGUACAAAAUGGCAAAACUGAAACAGUUUUUUUUUGUAUUUCAGGACAUGAAAAUUAUAUAGUUAUUUAUAACAAAACGAAAUAAAUAAAUAUAAGUGAUCAUCACUGUUUUAGCAACCAUUUUAUUAUUAUACCAACUAGGUAGUAAUUUAUGCAUUGCAUAUAGUAAGGUAUAUAUAUUAAUUAUUCAACAAUAUGCAACUCUUAAAUUAUAUCCUAAAUUGCAUAGAGACACACAUAAUAUUUUAAAAAUUAUAAUAUUUACUAUAUAAUAAGCGUUGACUAAAUUUGGUGUAUUUAUUACGAAAAAGAAAUAUAAUAUGUAAUGUAAUAUAUAUAACAUAAAAGAGUUUAAUAAAAAAGAUCAAAAAUUAAAUUCUUACUAUGCUUUCAAAUAAUAAAAUAGGCAAACUACUUGAAUGAUAUCAUAUAUCUUUUUUUGUUUGGGGUAAAUAAAAAAAAGUAAUUUUACAAUGGUUAAACUCUAAUGAUUUCAACACAUCUAUAGAAUAACUAAUAGAAAAAAUGUGUUGGUUUGGUUUGGUUUGAUACAUUAAUUUAUAUUUUAUUAAUAGAAUACAUACGUGUAGUUAUAUAAGAAAGAUCAAAACAACAUGAAUUUUAUUUUCAUAAUAAAAUAGGUAAAUAAGUUGAGUGAGAUGAAAAAAUUCUUAUAAAUAGUUAAGUUUCACUAAAUUUCUAAAAAUGUUAAAAUAUAUAGAAUAACAAUUUUUCUCUUGAUAAAGGAAUAACAAAAAGUUGAAUAUAUAAUGUUGUUGUAAUAGAUUAAUUUAGACCUUUUCAAUGAAAUUUCAUAUUUAUUGAUCCAAAGAUACAAAUGAGCAUUUUUAAAAGAAUGAUUCUCGUACCCUGGAGUCGUUCAAAAAAAAAAAGAGUGAUUCUUUUUUCUAAGAUGUGAAGAAUACCUUCCAAUUUAAAGAAGAAAAGAUCUACUCUAUACUAAAAGUAACAAAUAGAGUGUUUUUAGCCUGUCCACGUCGACAUAUUUAUUCCACCAAUCAGGACAUUUGCUUCGUCCACGUAGGAUUUCGGUUCUUCUUUUUUUUUGGGUUUUUGGGCCGCGACUAAACCAAAACGACAUCAAACGCUAUGGAUCUCAUAAGGGAUUGUGUGGGCUUGGUGGCUUGGUUUGGUUUAUUGGGCUUUCUCUCUGUUUAUUAAAAAAAAACCUCACCCACGCGAGGCGGAAACCUCGAAGCUCCGCGCCUCCAUCUCUUCCUCUUCACCCUUUCUUCUUCAUCGUUACAGAGAUUUCGAUCCACUACUCUACAUUCAAUACCCCACGACAUCUCCAGCCAUCAAUUUAUCCUUUAUGACUUCGUUUCGGUUUGCUUUUUUCCCGGUCCUUUAUAUACUGUUCAUCUCUUUUGCGUGGAAACCAAAUCUCGAACUUCUCUCCUUACUCUAUGGCGAUCAAACCGAAUGGAAAAUCCCCUGUUACCUCCGAUCACGAUGACAGAAUCAUGCUUUUCCGCGAUGUCACAACGGGUCCCCACGAAACCCAGCUGCGUUUCCGGUUGAUUCAUUUCUGGGAGGCUUGGAACCCUUUGAAGAAGACGCUUAUUGGGAUUGAGAUGCUGUUAAUUGACGAGGAGGUAUUUGUUUUCAGCCAAUAUAGUUUAGACGCUUAUUUGUUAUUUAAAACGUUCUUUGGGUUUUUUUUGGCUCCUGAUUUUAUAUCGAUACGUUUCUUCGUUUUACCAUAUUCGAUAGUUAUUGAAUUUGUUUUUAGAUCCUCAUUAGUAUAGAGUAGAUUUUUACACUGUCCUUAGUUUUUACAGAACAAAAAAACUAUUAAUUUGUACUGUAUUUUCUCGCAGGGAUCUGUUAUCCAAGGAUUCAUUUCGCCAAGCCGUAUUGAGAGACAUUUGUCUAAAAUGAAGCCUGGAUCGCUUUACAAGCUCAACAAUUUUUAUGGAUCAAGCAACAAAACCAUGUAUCGGGUUUCUGAUCAUGCGGUGACGGUGUCGUUCUCAUGGAACUCGGAGCUCUCUGUUCUUGAAGACAGUCCCACUCCUUUUGAUGAAGACAGAUUCCGUUUUCAUUCCUUUGAGGAAUUUCAAGCUGGCUGUGAUAGCAAAGGAGACCUCUACGGUAAUCUCUGUUAUCCCACACACCAUCUAUGAGUUGCAAUGCUUGAUGAUUAAUCUAGAUUUUUGCUUACAGUGCUAUGCGUGUUUGGUUUUGUUUGAUUAUGAGAAGUAGAUUACUUAGUGCGCCCUACUCUUACUUUCGCGGUUGAUCGGCCAAUUACAAAUAAGAUUACAAAUAAGGUUUACUAAUUUCGUUUGUACCCUGAGGAGGAUUUUUAUUACUACACUUAGUGUUUGUUUUUUUUUUUUUAAAAUUGGAGGAUAUUUUGGUUAGGAUCUGUUAGCUGGUUGAGUUCUAUGUCUGGUUAUUUUCUAUGAAAUUGUUGAAAUGCUUUUCCAUAUUUAGUCUUCUUAUUUACACGCUUAAUGAUUAAUGGUAUAGAUGUUCUUGGGCACAUGAAGCUGGUUAAUGGUCAGUGUCUCACGGGGACCCCAGUUUUUGAUGAAGUGGAAAUAGCUAGGGCGAGGCAUGUGUUGGUUCAUGUGCAGUCAUACGAGUAGGUGUAUUAUUAUUUCUUAAACACUUUGUCUGUCUACUUAUAUUAACCAUUUAGUGACAAUAUUUUGCAGUGGACCUGUGGUGAAGCUCUACCUUUGGGACCAGGCUGCAAGAGACUUCUGCAAAAAAUUCAAGUCAUACGAACGCACCCCCACCGUGUUAUUGGUGACAACCGUUAACACCAAGAGUCUCGGAGGUUCUGUUUCUAACUUUAGAAAAUUUUCUUACAAUUAGUUAUCUACUCUUGCUGGUCUUUGAAUGGGUGUUGCUUAAUACAACAGGUACUCUUGCACUGACUACAAUGUCCUCCUCACGUGUCUUUAUGGACUGCGACGUCCAACCUACGGUCGACUACUCUAGCUGGUAAAUCUAUAUAUAUUUACAUUUUUAUAUUUAAUCUUUAGCUAACUCAUCCCAUAUCAAUGAAUGAAUGGAUCAAAAUGUUACUACUCUGUCUCAGGUUGGGCUCUAACCCACAGAGUGCUGAGUUGGUUAAUGCAGAAGUGGUUACUAAAAGGGAGACACUGACCAUAGGAGAAAUAUUCUCCUACAUCAGGGAUGGAUCUAAUAAGGAGGCUUUUUUUGAGUGCACGGCUACGAUUGAUGAUGUGGUCCAUGGUUCAACCUGGUAUUACAUAUCCUGCAGUGGUUGCCAUACUAAGGCUACGAAAGGCCCAACUUCUUUGAUGUGUUCAAAAUGUGGGAAAGUCAACAUAUCAGGAGUACCACAGUACCGUGCACAGAUAUCUGUCUAUGACAACAGUGAGCAAGCUGUUUUUGUUCUGCUUGGUGAUGCUGGUUUUGAGUUAACCGGGAAGCAUGCAGCCGAGUUAGUCAGCAGCUAUUUUGAGGCUAAUGGAGACCAAGGAGUUACUCAAGAGGUGCCUUUCCCGGAAGCUUUAAUUAGCACUAUCGGUCAGAAACAUAACUUUUGUGUAAAAGUUACACAGCACAACUUAGAUGGCAAGUCUCGAUCUUUGACUGUGACCAAGAUUCUCCCUAUGGAAUCUCCACCAGUCACAGAAGCUUCGGGAGGAAACUACAACCCGACAACCUUGGAGGACGGAUUUGAGACUGGAACAAAGGUGUGUGAAGCUUCCAAAGUCAGUGGGGAUUCGGCAGAAGGAAGUAAGAGCAAUGGUGACAUUGAUGAGAUGGGCAAAGCAAAACGCCUUAAGCGUGGGGUGUAG